AUGGCGGUGAGUCUAGUAGAAGAAUUUGACAUUCUACAAAUAGUUGGAGAAGGAUGGUUUGGAAAAAUUUUACUUGUGGAACACAGAGCUUCAGAUACUGAGAUUGUCCUAAAAGCCUUACCGAAGCCCUACGUAUCUAUUAGAGAUUUCUACAGAGAGUUUCACUAUAGUUUACAUUUAAGCGCCCAUAGAAAUAUUGUAACUACAUUCGAUGUCGCUUUCGAGACGGCAGGAUUCUAUGUAUUUUGCCAAGAAUAUGCGCCUUUGGCUGGCGAGGACAUAGAUGAACUCUGUCCGUCGAUGUACAGCUUUCACAGUGACCCAAAUGAGAAAAACAUAUUACUGAAACAUUUUAGGGAUAAUGGGAUCGAAACCACUGUUGACCGCCAAGCAAAGAAACAAAGAAUUCGUGAAUGGAUUCAAAAUAGUGUUAUUGAAGAAGUUGACGAGGAGGAGGAACACCUCGAAGUUGCGUUUGAAGAUAGUGAUGAAGAAUUAGAACAUAGACCGAGAAAUCAUCCAAUUGAUGAAAGUCAUAGAGUUACUUUACGCUAUGAUACAGAAAAACAUAUUAAUCCUAGAACUGGCGAAGUUAUUGACGGAGUCAAGCACGUGCCAGAAAGAAAUCCUUUAUCUUAUGAUGUACAGAACAUAGAAGCAGUUGCACCAGCAAAUGUUCUUAGAAGAUAUGGAAUGAAAGAAGACGAUAAGACACCUCUUGGCGGGAUUUUGAAAGACACCAAGCAUGGGUGGCUGGCUUUGGGACCAAAAUUCUGUGUGGUUGAUCUUAGAACCGGGUUGAAAGUAGCAGCCCGAACAUUCGGUGCACCACAAAGUAAUGCCAACACAUUUGUAACAAGUGUAGUGGAGCUGCCCAGGCCAUUGACUGCAAAUUCCAUACAACUUAUUAUCAGCUUGCAAUGUGAUGAAGCUGGCAUGAUCUGUGUCCUGCAUGUAAACGGGUCACAGAUACUUCGUUGUGUACAAACUGAGGUGGUUGUCACAGAGUUAGCAGUAUGGGAUAGAAUACCUGAUGGACCACUCGCAUGUUUUGAUGGAGUGGUCAUGGCUGGAACGAAGAGUGGAGAGAUAUUUGCUUUUGAUUUGCAUAGAGCUGGUUUGAUGCAAGCAUUGAAAGACAUCUCCCAAGGUUAUGAAAACUUAGUUCUGAAUGAUAUGAAUCCAGCCAACUUGAGCUUCUUACAGUUCAGUGCUCUUAACCGCAUUAGAGAACAAAGAGAACUGGCAUUAGAAAAUUGUGAACACUUAGCUAUCUUACUGAAUGAAAACUCCUUAGUAGAUGGCCAGUACAUAUUCCGCAACCCUGAUGGUACAGUACGGAUGAAGGCAAAGAGAGACCAUAUUCGCGUGACUGUACUUCAAUACAUUCCACAACUGGGCAGUUUGGCAGUCGGCUAUAACUUCGGAGCAUUCCAGAUCUGGAACAUUAUGACUUUAGAUUUGGAAUUCACUUCGCAAGUCAAUGUGGAAUGCUUGCCGGUUACACACUUUGGAUUUCAGGAGCCUUGUGAUGACCCUCGAGCGUUUUGCUACCUGUGGGUGGUGUUCUCAGUGAUAGACAGGUUCGAAGAGGAAGAGUUUCCACUGGCUGUGAUGUACUCCCUCACUUACCAGGGCAAAAGGAUGUUGUCUGAUACUAAAUGUCUUUAUCAGGAAUUUUCUACAGCCACAAUAAGAUUUCAACUAGAGUUGAGUACAGUUGACGAGUCUGCUCUACUUGGCGGAAAGUGUGUUUCUUGUCAUACAUACUCUGUCAACUCUACACUAGCAGCUGAAGGCGAAGAGAGUAUGUUGAACAUUUGUCAAGUUGUCUGGGAGUGUUGGGGCGAGAAUGCCAACUCAUCAACCCAGUAUGGAAUGCUCCUGUUUGAUUUAGACCAGUGGUACAAAGAUCAAAUGCCGGCAACCUGGCGCUUGGAAAGCAACGCCUUUAUGAGCGUGACUUGGUGUUGUGAGCUAUCCGCGGGAGACUGUGUGACGCUGGAUGUGAGGCUAGACCCGGCCUCUGUGGCUGUGUACUCGCACGCGACCAGGCUUGAAGAACACUUUUAUCCGAAUUCUUUGCAGUACAACUGUAUCUGCCUAAACACUUCGGAGGCCUGUGUCCUAGGCACAGUCGGUAUACAGCGACAGAUCAUUGCGUCCAUAGACGAGGUGGGGCCCACCGCGCUGCUCAACCCGACGCGUCUCUACAACGCAUGCGUCACUGCGGGACUAACGCCCCUGUACGUUAAUACGUAUUCCAGCAAUAUUAGUUUGCUUUAUGAUCUUCUUUUGCUUGUACAGGAGGAGCAACGCAGAUAUCUACUAUCAGUUUGCCUAGAAGCUCGUCUCUCUCGUCUCCUCAAGCGUUGUGCCCACGACUGGGCUACCGGUACCCACGCUGGGGCAGGAUGUACGCUACCGUUCCUGGUUGAAUGGAGUUGGAAAAGAGCUAUAGAGUUAAAGGAGAAUGCCAAAGAACUGACUGCUCCUUUGUUCUCGUCUUCUGCAUUGCCAGAUAGGCGUCUGAAACUGAACCGGUUACAAGACAACGUGCCUACAGAUGAGACUGAAGCCAACAAGCCUUGUUCUCUAUUGUAUAUAGACCAGCUGAUCGAACAAGAGUUUGGUGGAGAGAGAACACAUCAGCUAUGGAUAAAAGGUGGUAGUCAAUGCAACGGCCUGUAUCCAGCGCCGUCCCUAUACUCGUUGCUCCGUCUCUACCUACUACCUGACAUCGCAGUGGAACACAAACAUUCCCUAGUGCUAUAUUUACUUGUGGAUUAUUCUAUGGUGUACGAUGAAGUUAGGUAUGAAGCAGUGAUCCGUAGACUGAUGCAGUUCCCCACAAUGUUCGGUCUCAGUAACACUGCUAUAAAGGCCACGCAGGCCUUCUGGCACCUCGACCACAGGGAUUUCGAUUUCGCCCUAGACCAACUCCAAUGCUUAACAGGCAACACAUUAUCAGACUGGCAACACAACGUAGUGCUAUCAACAUUGUUAGCACAGAAAAAGACUCAAGCAGCGCUACAAUAUCUCCACGUAAGGAAACCCGCCCCAAUCCAGAAUAUACGGGACAGAGACGGAGAUAUGGCGACCUGUUCUAUCAGAGUGAAUGAUCAUGAUAAAUUGGAUGAUUGGCAGUCAUGUUGCAACUUGUAUCUGGCUAGAGGUCUAGUGUUUGAGGCUUUAGACGUCAUCAGAAUAUGUGUUAUGAACGCGGGCUGUGUCGAAGAUAAAGUCACAGUUUUACAAUACUUUUUCAAAGGUUGCAGAAACACGGGGAACUUGUCGAAGAUCUUGCAAGUGACGAUGUCGCCAUUCGAAGAAGAGGUGUUUAUCAAGUAUCUUGAAGACUGCAAUGAUCCACAUACAUCCGAUAUACUUGUCAUGUAUUAUUUACAACAGUCUAGAUACCUCGAAGCGGAACGUUACAAUAGUAAAUUAAAGCAAUGGAAGGGUCGUGGCGCCGAAGUAUCUACUUCAGCAGAAUCUCUAUUGGAGUUGGUAGAGCGAGACAGCGCGCGGGACGCUCUCGUCGAAGUAGUGUACGCUGCACUGCCCGCUAUAACUAACACUGUCGCGACUAUUGCAUUCGAUAAUACGGACGUUGAGCCCCACGUGAUCGCUCCAAAACCGAUGUCUGUAUUCGUAAAGGCGAAAUCACCGAAGAAUACGUUCACAUACAAAUCCUCCUUCAUACAGGAUACCAUAGAGAAUGCUAGCGAGACGUGGAUGAAUAAGCCUAAGAUGCGCAGGGGCAUUAAACGCGCGCUCAACAUUGAGGAGACACCAUUUAUUUGCACUCCGAAGUUAAACAGAACUAGAAGCAUCUUAUCAUCCGAACAAAAAACCUCAGAAUCGACGCCUUCAAAACGGGCCAGGUUGGACCUCACUGGUACCCCGAGGACUCCAAAGGGAUCGUCCCGUGUCAGCGAGAAACUUAGCACCCAAAUGGCCACACUCCUCGACAUGCCAGAUGUACAGAGUCCGGAGUGCAAGCUGUAUACUGAAAGAGCUGGUACUCCACAUAGUAUAUUGAAGACGCGACGUACGGAUGACAUGGAUCGCGAAGCUCCGUCGCCAGUAGACUCCCGCUACUUGGGCGACAGUGACGACGAGUUAUUGGAGACAGCCAGUAACCACACACACUACAGUGAUUCCACAAACAAACAUCUUCGCUUCACAAUUCCCACUGCAUCGGAAUCUGGAUCGACGCCGUCACCGCCAACGAAUUCUCAGCCCCAACAGCGCGAGAAAGAGAUGGAGAGCACCACGUUAACAGUUGGAGAGAAAGAGAUGGAUGUAUCUAUUGACAGUUUUGUCACUACUACGUCACAUGCUAUGAAUGAAAACCAUCCAUUGGAGUCUCCUCCUAAGAAGCUGGCCACAGAACAAUCAGUUAAAGGAAGAAAGUCUUUCAAAGACACCGUACGAGCCAGACGCUCCCUUUCGCUGUCAGUGAACAGUAGCCUAUCGGAUGACCCGAACACAUCAAUUGAAAGCAUCGCAGACAUACCAGUGACACUGAUCAACCCUCGGUAUUCCGGAGAUAAACGCCAUUACUACACAAACAAGGAGACAGAAUACGAACACACUACAGAAGGCCUUACCGAAACUGAAGUGACGGAAACUGCCGAAGUACAACGAGAAGUGCCGAAGACGCCUCGCGGAAGAAGGGGUAUCAGACCCAGUGGUGGUGAAAGUACACCGCUUAGGACAAGUCGUAAUACAACUCCAGAGCGAUUAGACUCGCCAGUCGCUACCUCAUUGCGCGGCUCACGGAUAACUAGGAGUAGAUCUCGCACCCCAGACCUGAGUCCGCGGACAUCUCCUCUGGCCCCUAUCCCUGAAUUGCCACGCCAUGAAGCCCACAGCGAACCUCACCCUGAGAAAACCACUCUUAGUGUCCCGAGACGUCUCAGGAGUAGAUCCCGCACUCCAGAUCGCGUAGAUAAAGGUAUAGCAGAAUCUCCAAGGCUGGAAGCCAUUACAGAAUCUCCAACAAAGUCUACCAACACUGAGUCCUCGUCAUCUUCAUCGCCCACACGACGAAGUUUGAGGAGCCGUUCCCGUACUCCAGAAAUAGAAGUUGUGCAAGAAAUCGUAUCAAAGCCUUCACCGCGUAGUUUAAGGAGUCGUUCUAAGACACCAGAAAAGCUAAUGUCUCCCAAAAAAGAUACAGCACGAAGCAAAAAGUCUUCCCUAUCCCGCAAGGCUUUCGAAAACAUCCUAUCUGCCAAAGUCAAACAGGCCGAUAAAAUGGACACAGACAAUGAGGAUAAACCUGUAGUAGCUAUCGAAUGCACUCCAAUGAAAACAUUGAAGCAAGUCCCGAACUUAAUGGACGUCACUCUCUCUCCGAUAGUCAACAAGUCAGUACUACAGAGUUCCACUGACACCACACUAUCAGAAACGGUUGAAAAAGAGGUCAAGACUGACAAAAGUGCGUUGGAAACAGACCUUAAGCCCUUCCCAGCGUUCACUACACUACAUGAAACUUGUGUCGAAAAAUCAGUUCUACACAGCUACCAAAGCAGCGUAGCAGAGAUAACUGAUACUUCAAUUAACAUUCGCGAAGAAAAAGUUGUCGUUGAGAAAAGUGAGAUGAGUGUACUAAAACCUUUGCCGGCAUUUACUUUAAAUGAGACUGAGUUUGAUAAAUCAGUUCUGAAAAGCUACCAGAGUAGCGUGGCUGACGAAUCAAGCGUUCAAGAAGAUAAAGAAACUCAAGCGGAUAAUAACACGUCCAAACCUUUCGCCGCAUUCGUACAAAUGAUACAAACAGAUUUCGAAAAGUCAGUCCUGCGCAGCGCAGAAAGCAGUGUCGCUGAAGCUUCGCAAUUAAAAGAUGAUUCUAAAGCCCAAGAAGCGUCAAGCCUCAUGACAAAUGAUAGCGAUGCUGACAUAGAAAUGGAAGAAAAUGUAGAUACUAAGAAAUCUGCGGCAGAACAGAAGGAGAAAGAGAAGAUAGUGGAGAUUGAGAGGGAGAUAGAUGAGAUUCAAGAUAUGUCUGAUGAGGAUGAUCAGGAUGGCAGCGGGACUUCUGGGGAUGAAAGAGAUGAUGAAGGUGAAUCGGGCAGUGAGGCGUCCGAUGAGAGCGAGCAAAUUCCUAAGGCAGAAAAGUUGGAACUGCCUGAGACUAAAGACGUUGCAAUAAACGACGGUAAAACAUGUGUCACACUCAACGCGUCAAAUACAUCAAACGAAGGAAUGGAAGAAAACGACGAAGUUAUAUCAAUAGAAGAUUCGGACGAGUCUAGCGAUAAAUUGGAAAUAGAUGAGAAAUCCAAAGAUAGUGGGAAAUCUGAAGAACCAAACAUUAAUAAUGAAGCAAAUAAUUUAGAAAAAGAUAAUUUAAAAGAUAAAGAAAUAUUGCAAGAACAUAAAGAUGAAAUUGCCAAUGAAACUGCAACUCAAGUAGAGAGUUCCGAUAAGUUUAACCAAGCUAACUUCUCGCUUAUGACUGAUGAUAACUCAAUUGCAUCAGAUAAGUCCGAUUUGAACUUAAACUAUUCUGGGGAAAGUGCGAAGACUACUGCCAGUAAUGAGAAAGCUGAAGGUGUAGAUAAAGAACCAGCCGUCCAAGUCCAAGCUACAUCUUCAGUAGACAAAGCAAAAGAUCUCACGCCAGCCGAAGAAGAUAAAGUUGAAACUCCAAAAGAAAUAAACAUAGAGCCAGAACAAAAAUCGACAAGUGAAGAAGUAAAGGAAUCUGAAAAUAAAGAAAAGACUGAGAAUAUUCCUGAAAAAGAAACUGUGGCAGAGGUUCCUAAAGAACCAGAAACAGAACGGAAGGCAAAAGAUACACAGAAGGAAACCGAAGGAGAGGAAACAGAAGAAGUGGUAGAACAACCAACGCGUUCUAGGAAACGUGGCAAAUCUACAUCAUCAAACAAAUCUACAAUAGAAGAUACAACUGUCGAAACUGAGAUCAAAACUCCAGCAACGAGAAAACGCACACAAUCAAACGCUUCAAACAAAUCCGUAGACACAGAACAAAAAACUCCCGAAAGCGCCGACGUAACAACCCCUUCAAGACGGCGGGCAAAAACUCCAACCAGCGCUGAAGUUAGGAAAAUAAUCACUCGAAGAGUAUCUCGUGAAAUGUCUGAAAAACACGACGAUUCGAAGGCCUUAGAUGAAUCCGUAACCACUCCGAAACGACGCUCAACUCGUUCCCGUAGCAAAAACUUUGAUGAUAAUGAAAGUGUUGCUUCUGAAAGCUCUGUAGCCUCAGUUAGGAGUAAGGCGAGUGAGGAUGCCGGCGAUAGGGCCGUUAGGAAAGGCCGUAAGUCCGUCCUCGUCAGCAAGCCUGAACUAUCUGUGAUACCCGAAGUUACCGUUGAGGAUAACUCCAGAAUGGAUACGGAAAACGUUAUCAAUGAAUAUUCUAGUGCAAGAAGACUGACUCGCCAUCAAAAAGCGGUGUUGGAAUCGUGGCUAGAGCCUCAGGCGCAAGCGUCGCCUCGCCGCCGUUUGAGCACGGCGUCCCGCACGUCACAUACGUCACAUACGUCACGCUCCAUCGCCUCCGAGGCGGACGAUGAUGACGCCUCGUCGACCCACUCAGCUGCCUUUGACGUCCAGCCUAUCGAUAGAAUCAGUCUACUGAACAAGACCGAUUUUGAAGGCUUGGCGGACCCUGAUGAACUGCAGAUGGAUUUCUCGCCAGAGUCUAUCGCAUCGGACGCCAGCAAGCAAAGGCGAGCGCGUCUCGGCAGAGCUGCGUCAGAAACAAAAGCCACGCCCCGCGCAGCCAAAAUCAAUAGAAGGAUAUCUGUUGACGUUGCGGACAGUCCGGACCGCGGUUCACCAGUGCCGAUGGGAUCAGAAAGUCCGGCACGUGGCCGGCGCAAGUCCUUCAACCGCGCCUGCGAAGCGCUACACACGCCUAAAGGCAGGCGGACUUCUACCGACCUUAGGAAAGGAGACACGGAAAGUCCUGUCGAGUCGCCGGCGGCGUCAGAGAGCGAGGCGGCGACUCCAGCGAGGCGAACGAGGCGCGCCGCCUCCGUCGUGUCCAAUACUAGCCAAGCUAAUUCUGAGUCGGGGAAAAGGUCAAAGAAAACUGGUCUAGAUGAAAGUAAGGACACAAAGAAGAAAUAAGUUUGAUAUCUAAGUUAUUUUUAUAUUUAUAGUGAAAGUAAUAUAGGGUUCAGUUUUGUUUUUGCAUUUAUAACAUAAUAAAUCAUUUACCA